AUGAGCUUCCCUGAGACGGUUUCUGAAAGUUUGUGCAGAAGUUCUUUGGUUGAGCAAACCCACAGUUUAAUCAGCUGUCCGGGUGGCUGGUCUCAGACGAUCCAGCAGAUGAAGAAGCCGGGUGUGGACGUCCUGGGCUGGAGUGAUUACACGUGGUCUGCUGUUGUGAGGCCGACGAAAGACUUGUGGACAUGUGAGUUCUGCUAUGGACAACACAUUAGACAGUACCAUCUUGAGGACACAGGUGUCAAAGGGGAUGUUUUCUUCCCAGGUUACUAUGAUUCAGAGUUUGACUGGAUCAAUGAAACAGCCAAGGCCUCCAAGCAGCACAGGUUGAAGCGCUACCACAGUCAGAGCUAUGUCAAUGGCUCCAAAUGUGACCUGAACGGGAGCCCCAGGGAGACUGAAGUCAGGUUUGUGUGUGAGAAGUGGUCGGGUGACUACGUGGCCCGUGUGGACGAGCCCCAGUCCUGUCGCUACGUACUGACGUUCCACACCACCCGCACCUGCCUGCACCCCUUCCUGUGUCCGCCCUCCACCGCCAAGCCCCAGGGCAUUGUGUGCCAGCCAGCCCUCAGCACCCAGCAGUACAUGGACUAUGUCAAGGCCCAAGUCUCGGACACAAAACGUAAAGUGGAGCAGAUCUCAGAGGAGCUGAAGACUCUCGAUGAGAUUUUGACCGGUGAUGAGGGGACAGAUGGCACAGCGGAUGAGCGGACAGACGAGGAGUCAGCUACACCAACCGAAGUACCAGAUGUCCUGGGGUCAGACACAGAAGCUUUUGGAGAUGAAACAUUCAACUCCAAGGUCAUCACAGACCCUGCAGACCUGAUGAAAUGUGUGCAGCAUCUAAAAGAGAGCAACAGAAAGAAAGCACAAAAUGAAGCCGAAAGAGAGGCACUGAGGAAGAAAAAGGAGAGACGUGGAGCCGAGGAUGAGGAUGGAGAAGAGCGUCUCCUGUGGCACGAGUUUGAUGAAGAGAUAGCUGGCCUUUUACCCUUUAGUGUGUACUUUACUGCUCAGCAGGAGCUGGACACAGAGGGUCUGAAGGGGGAGUUUGACCGCACUCAGGCCACCCAGACUCUUGAGACAUCUCUGGACAAGCUGCUGAACCGCUUAGAGGACAAAGACGCCGGGGACACAGAGGCAGAGCACCUGACAGAGGGAGGCCAGAAGGCCAAUGACCCAGCCAGGGGCCCCCCCAACAGCCAGGUAACUGAGCUCUCCACCAAAGGCUCCACUCACUGGGCCUGGGUCUACGUACACUUCUAUAACAGAUCCCCCCUACAUCCUGCUUCCCUACGUAUACUUGUUGGGAGGGGACCUCUCUUUGUCUCUCGUCUCGUCACACCAAACCAAGCGACUGACGACCAUGUUCAAAUCAGAGUUACUAAGUAUAAGACGAGCAGCAGCCCCGAUGGGGAGGUCGAAGUUCAGGAGAUGGGCGAAGGCGACCUCCAGUGGCAGCAUAUUAAGGACAUGGUUAAAGGACAGCUAGAGAAGGCGGGACUGAAGGCCGAAGGUAAAAUUGAGGUGAAGAUUUGA